GGUGUUAUAAGAGAUUAGUUCAUUCCAUGCUGUGUGGUUUGCAUUAGUCUUUCACAUAGCCUGAGCUGGGACAUUUACUCUGCAGCUCUGGAACAGAGAGAGAUCCUUCACCAGGAUGGACUUUGAUCCACAGUUAUAGAGAACCAGUGGGAGUUGAUAUGAGGAUUUAGCUUUGAAGCCCCCGCCCAAAGUGUGAUACAAUAGCCAAGAUCAGGAAGAAGGAGAAGAAAGAGAAGCAGGAGGAUCACAGGCGCCUCUUGCUGGUUGACUCAAGAUCUAGCAGAAGGAGAGGAGACACGGAGAGGAGAGGGAUCUGCUCUGGAUAAACUCCUUGGAAGAAAGACAAGGGGGUCUCAGAGUCUCUCCAGAGCUGGGCAUCAGCCAAAGACCCUUCAUCCUGCUGCACUACAACAGUUACUGAACCUUGGAUUACAAAACAAUACCCCAGAUCGAUCAGGGGCUUCGGGAAUUAAAAAAAGAAACCAGAUCCUAAACGUUCUUCUCACUAAAAAGAAGCCAGGAAGAUUCUGAGGCACAAUGCCCAUUCUCAAGCAGUCGAGCUCGCACUCAAAGAAGAAAACCCGCAUCGACAGAGAGAUGAUUAGUGCUCCCUUGGGGGACUUUAGACACACCAUGCAUGUCGGAAGAGGAGGAGACGUAUUUGGGGACACCUCCUUUCUAAGUAACCAUGGGCCUUCCUCCACCCCAGCUGUGGAAGUCCAAGCCCCCAAGAAAAAUGGCCUCACAAAACUCACGACAGGUUCAGGAGAGCACGAAGAAAGUAAAAUGGCUGACUCGCUCAGUCAACGUUCACAGUCUUCUGGAAUAGGCUCUGGAGCGGGAAGUGUCUCCUCCAGUCCUAUUAACAACGUACCAUCUAAAGAUGAUAGUUUAUGGAAUACCAGUAACAGCGGUGGGCGACCCGAUCAGCUCGACUGGCUAUCACCCGGCAGUGACUGUGGUCUGAAGCACGCAGAAUCUAUGCUGUCCUUCCAUCUUGACCUGGGUCCUUCCAUCUUGGAUGACGUCUUAGGCAUCAUGGACAGGGAUGCUCCUGCUCCAGAGUGGAAUAUUCCAGAAAACCAGUGCGACUUUGGCUACAAGUUCUCCCCAAUUCACACUACAGGUAAUGAAAAUUGUAUAUCACCUUCUUCGGCCAUAGAGCCACAGGAAACACACUUUAACCAAUCCAGCACAUUGCCAGUAGCAAACUCUGGUAUAGACUAUAAUUCCAGCACUGUCUCUGAAAAUCCACAGGAAAACCGGUCUGCCUAUGAUGACGGUAGCGAGGAGGAAAAACUAUCAAUUUAUGAAGGCAUUGCAGAGGAUCCAGAGCAACAGGACAGCAGUUUACAUAGAAGUCACCAAGCCAAGGUAGAAGAUGAUGAUGAAGAUGAAGAGGAACACGGGCAAGGAUAUACAUUUGAAGAAGAUAUUGAUGAUGAGAUUGGUGUAUAGGAAUGAAAGCAGUCUCGCAUAAACUUUUUUUUGCUAUAAUGUUUCUAUAAUCACCAUG